AUGCCUACCGCAUCAAGCAGACUCGCAAUCCCGUCACCGGCAGCGUCGUAUGAUCCGGGCGAACGGAAUCAAGGGAAGCAGGAAGCCUAUCGAAAAAGUAUAGGACGGCCCUCGUCAUGCGGUCGACCGUGGAGGCGGGCGGCGCAGUUGCGAAGGGCGAUGGGGAUGUGUCGUGCGCACACGGGUCACAUGGGCGCGGCUAGUUUUGGGAUACUAGCAGCGAUAAAGAUGGAAGACGAAGGAAGAGGAGACUCAGAAGCUGCGACGCGAACUUCGGGAUGGAAUCGCACACCGGCGGAUAUUCUGCAGUGGGUGGCGCCGGGAUCACCUUUCGUGGUGCAUUGCAUUUGGUCUCGAUCCGAGGCCGCUCUGAUUGGAUGUCGAUGGACCACAACUACCGCGGAAUCUUUCAUGGGUGUCCAAUUCUAUGGAGAGGUCGGUGCAUAUGAGAGUCAGAUCGGGACCCUUGGCACCGCAUGCCUCGGGCAUCAGGCCUUCAGGUCUCAAACCGAAGGACUAUUGACUAUUCAGAGGCUUUCAACAGUGUUUAUACCAUGGCUCCCCAAUACCCCAGAUUGGGGUCAACUAUUGAGUGAAUCAGCAGUGGUGCUGCCUCAGUCUGCACGAUCCGCAUGA